GCGCAUGCUCAGUGCGGCUGUUCCGUCAGGCUCGCGGCUCCGCAGCGGCGCGGUCCUCGCCGCCUCUCAUGGCUGCCCCCGGGAGUCUCGGGGGCCCAGUCCUGAAAGAUGUUGUGGCGUAUGUAGAAGUGUGGUCAGCCAGUGGAACAGAAAAUUAUUCCAAGACAUUUACAAAGCAACUUGCGGACAUGGGGGCAAAGGUUUCAAAAACUUUCAACAAACAAGUAACUCACGUUGUGUUCAAAGAUGGGUACCAGAGCACCUGGACCAAAGCACAGAAGAGAGGUGUGAAGCUCGUCUCAGUGCUCUGGGUUGAAAAAUGCAGGACAGCUGGAGUGCACAUUGAGGAAUCGCUGUUCCCUGCAGCUCAUCCCAACGAACACCUGCCAAGCCUAAUGAAAAAAAAACGCAAGUGUAUGCAGCCCAAAGAUUUUAUCCCUAAAACACCAGAGAAUGAUAAAAGACUGCAAAAGAAGUUUGAGAAAAUGGCUGAAGAGCUGCAACAGCAGAAAAACACUCUGGAUCAUGAUGUUCCUGUUCUCUUGUUUGAAUCUAAUGGCUCCUUGGUGUACAGUCCCACAGUUAAAAUCUGCAGUGGCCACCACAGUGCAAUGGAGAAGAGACUGCAGGAGAUGAAGGAGAAACGGGAGAAUCUUUCCCCCACCUCUUCCCAGAUGGUUGCAAAGUCUGACGAUAACACCAUUAACUCUCUGUAUGAAGCACCUUUGAACCUUUCACAUGAUACUUUGUGUUCAGAGGACUCCUUUGCUGGUGUUCUACAGUUGUCUUUUGAUGAUCUUUGUGGCAGCUCUGGAUGUGGGACUCAGCAGAGGAAAUUGGGAGGAUUCCUUGAUGAAAGUAAAAGCGCUGCAUAUGCUUCCUCAGCUGUGUUGAAAACGAGCAGUGUCCGUCUGCCAGUGUCUCGCGGUUCCCUUGGUCGGUUAACCCUUCACCAGUCCCCGGGCAGUCUUUCCAAGGGAGACACCCACCGGCAGAGGGGCGCUGCAGGCCAGGUCAUCACCCCAGACGUGAAGCCAGUGCGGGAGCCGGCUGAGGGGGUGUCUGAUGAGAAGAGGGGCCUGUCUCCUACGCCAUCUGUAACAGAGGAGGAGCGCCCCAGGGGCCCUUCAUGUCCCCAGAGCCCCUCAGCCACGAGAAGAAGGGUGUCGGCGAGCUCCAGCCCACCCCCAGGGGAGAGGCUGAGCAGGAGGGGGCCUCUCGGGCGGCCCCCCGCGCCCCGUCUGCUGCCGGAGAGCAGCCCGCAGCCCACGAGCGGCUCUGCCGUGGGGACUCUGGGCCGCGGGGGGUCCCCGUACGACGAUUACUUUUCUCCCGAUAAUCUCAAGGAGAGGGACUUGGAGAGCCUCCUCCCCGGGGUCCAGCCACCCGCCAGCCCUGCCCUCCUCCACUGCAUGAGGAGCCUUUCCAGGAGAGAGAGGACCUGCCUCCUGGGAAGGGCUGACUUUUCCUGCAUCGGCAGAAGCCUCAGGUCGGCCGAUGGUAGCGACUCAACAGUGAAGGGCGGCUUCUGUCUCCAGAAGCCUGCAAACUAUGCAGCUCAUCCGGGCUUGAGCAGCGUGACUUCUAAGGGAACGCCUGCUACCGAAGGGACCCCCGGGGACCGUCCCCGGGCCGAGGCUCAGAGACGGGGGGGCGCCCGCCCGGGCGGGAGUGGCUCUCCCCAUACCCUCGACGGACUCACUCCUCAGAAGGGACAUCGAGGUGAUUUUACUCCUUUGAAAGGAAGCAGUAAAGAAGCGAAAGGAUGGAUUGACGGAAAAAGCACACAGAAAGAAGAUACUCCUUCUAAAAUGGUGAAUUCCCCUGAAGGUGAAGCACAAAGUGAUGAUAAGCUGAACUUUGUAGGCGACUGUGAUGUGGAAAAGUCUGCGGAGGCAAGGGAAGAGUUACCCCGAGGACGUAGUGAAAGUGUUAAAAGAGGACCAACAAGGCAUGAUGUUUUGGAUGGCUCAUGGGAAGGCUUCAAGGAUCUCAUCAGACCUCGUGAGGAGUCACGGAAGAGAGAGAAAGGCCAGAAGCCAACAAGAACAUUAGUCAUGACAAGCAUGCCAUCUGAGUACUGUGGUCUUUGGAAAUGGGUCAUUGGAUUUCCGAGGAACCAUUCAAACAGUCCAACUACUUCCCUGCAGCUCCUACUCAGUCACUCAGCACAAGGUCUGUGCCUCAGAGAACCGCCCGCUGCUGCCGUGCAGGAGCCACCGCUCAACCCGUGGCUGCUGCUAACGGCCCGCCCCGUCGUCCUCGGACGCUCAAGCGAGGGGAGGGGCGCCCGCAGGAAGGAUGCCUUUCUAUACCGUCACGUUCGCCGCCUGCGUGUGUUGUGGUUUUCACGGGAAGAAAGCUGCUUCGUGUGGCUUUCUGAUGCCCGAGUGUGUGGCUCAGAGAAGCACUGACCCGCCCCGUUGGGCCUUUUCUAUUAAAGCCAGUCUGUGUGUCCUAGUGGUGAUCAUAAUUGAGAGGUCCCAGAACCUCUGUCACUGAAGUGCCAUACUGUGAAAUAAAGGAUGGAAAUUACAUUGUUUUAUUACCGAGAACAAAGAGCCCCCUGAGUUUCUACGUUUCUUUA